AUGGUUUCCGCAACGAGAGCGUACAACUGGUACAUCUCACUCGUUGCUGCAUCAUGCAUGGUUCUCUACGGCUACGAUGCGUCUGUUUUCAACGCGCUUCAGAAUUCUGAUCAUUGGAAGGCUUAUUUCAAUAAGCCGGGGCCUAAUAUCAUUGGGGCCAUUAAUACUUCUUAUACAGUCGGAGCUGUUGUAGCAGGAUUCUUCAUGGGCGGUCCUCUUGCCGAUUUUGCUGGUCGAAGAGCGGGUAUGGCUGCUGGAGCGGUAUGUGUCAUUGUCGCAACGUUGAUGCAAACAUUCGCGCCCCGUGGUCAAAUUGGUGUCUUCAUCGUCGGUCGGGUCCUCAUCGGUAUCGGGCAAGGUCUUGCGCUCACAGCUGGAUCCAUCUUUAUUUCCGAAGUGUGCCCGUCUGAGAUUCGAGGCAAGAUCAUGUCUUUCUGGCAAAUGUUCUACUCGGUUGGCUCUUUCAUCGCCUACUGGAUCAGCUUCGGCACGUCCAAGAACCCGAAGAAGCUUGGUGAGUGGGACUGGAAGAUUGUUGUCAUCUUCCAGAUGCUCGUUCCCAUAAUCAUUCUGUCUCAAGUCUUCUUCAUUCCAGAGUCGCCUCGCUGGUACGUGCAGAAGAGCCGUGAUUACGAGAAAGCUCGUCAAUCGCUCGGUCGCAUCCGCGACACCGAAGAGGAGAUCGAAGACGAAAUCAGGACUAUUCGAGAGGCCAUUGAAUUCGAGGCCGAAUCAAUUUCCUCAGGAUAUUCUGCUCUCUGGAAAGACAAGUCAAUCAGGAAACGCAUGUACAUUGCCAUGAUUGUAAACGGCGGCCAGCAAAUCACCGGUCAAGGCACCCUCAACACCUACAGUUCAAUCAUCUAUAAGAAGGUUUUCGAAAGCGCAGACACAAUCUCGCUCAUCAACGCGCUUAACGCCACUUUCAGCAUCCUCUUCACUCUCAAUGCAACAUGGACCGUCGACCGCUUCGGCCGCAAGUUCCUCUUCAUCUUCGGCGGCAUCGGCAUGGGCCUAUGCAUGUUAAUCGCCGCGACCGUCGAAACUCAAACACCGUCGCUCCCCAACGGAGCAAAGUCGCAACCCGUCGGUAUCUCCAUCGUCUUCAUCAUGUUUCUGUUCGCCUUUUUCUACAAACCCUCCUGGGGCGCAACCGUCUGGAUCUUCACCGCCGAAAUCUUCUCGAUGAACGUACGCGCGCAAGCUGUGGGCAUGUGCUCGCAAACCCAAAACGUCGUCAACUCCAUUGUCCAGCAGUUCUUCCCCAUUUUCCUCAAAAACGAAGGGUUUUACGCUUUUUACAUGUUUGCUGCUAUUAACAUCCUGCUUGCGGCUUUUACAUGGUUUUUUGUUCCAGAGACGAAGCAGGUUAGUCUGGAGGAGAUGGAUGCUCUGUUUGGAGGGAAGAAUCAUGUGACGGAGGGUGCGGCGAUUGAGAAAGGGGAAGAAAGGGGAGUAAGCGUGGGUGGUGAGAGUGUAGGGGAGAAGGGGGCGACGGAUAGGGUUGAAAGGGUUUGA